UGUAGUAAAAUCAUUAGUGGGAGUUGCAACAGUGAGCAUACCAGUGCUUUCUGCGAAGAUAUAAAAGAUCUCAAUCAUUCUAUGAAUUAUCUGUCGUGUUCGGUGUCUCCUGUAUAUCGAUCUAAACAUGUUUUCAAUCUUGUACGAUUUGUGGUUAACAAUGAGAAAUAUUAUAGUUCAAUACAUUGAAUUUGAUUUUACAAUGUGGUUGACAUGGCUCUUAAUUCCACUCCUUAUAACAUUUUUACUCCCGUUACUAUUUUUACUGUACAUGUAUUCAAUGAGCUUGGUGGUAUACAUCUACAAAUGGCACAGAAUUAUAUUGAGAAAUAAUGUCCAUGAUACUCUAUUGGAAAAUGCAGCAUGUCGUAUUGUUGCAAUGCUGUAUGAUGUACAUGGUUGGAUUUGGCAUGGAUACGAAAUUGUGGGCUUAGAGAAUAUUCCAGAAGACAAACCAGUAAUAUUUGUAUAUUAUCAUGGAACUCUCCCAGUUGAUCAAUAUUAUUUUGCAUCCAAAAUGUUUCUAAAUAAUUCAAAACUAAUCCGUAUGAUAGCAGAUCGGUUCGUCUUCAAGAUUCCUGGUUUUUCCAUUAUAGUGAAAGAUACAUUAAAAAUGAUACCCGGGACAGUUCAAUCGUGUUCUGCACUUUUAAAACAGGGAAAUAUGAUUGCUAUUAGUCCGGGUGGCGUGUAUGAAGCUCAGUUUGGGGAUUCCAAUUACGAACUUUUGUGGCAGAAAAGAAUGGGCUUUGCAAAGGUUGCUCUGGAUGCAAAAGUGAGUAUAGUUCCUUUUUUUACGAGAAACAUCAGAGAAUCGUAUAGAACACUAAGUUGGGGACGAAAAAUAUUGCUGAAAAUAUAUGCCAAGACAAAGCUUCCUAUUGUACCGAUCUACGGUGGUUUUCCGGUAAAAUUGGUGACGUAUGUAGGCAAGCCUAUUCCAUACGACGAAAAUCUUACACCAGAAGAGUUGCAGAUAAAGGUUAUCGAUAGUAUUAGAGAUUUGAUAAGAAAGCACCAAAAAGUACCUGGUAGCAUUACACGGGCUUUGAUGGAAAGAAUACGUAAUGCAGAGAAAUGUAAAGAUUAGAAAUCUGCGAUAAUCUGUUUUUCAUUAAUGUACUUAAUGAUUAAUACGACACGAUACUUUUAAAAGUUAUUUUAGUUAGUUAGACACUUUUUAGAUAAUAAUGUUGACAGAAAAAAAUACAUGGAUAAAAAAAUAUAAAUAAAGCCUUUCUAUUAGUUAAAAACUUAUAUUAUUUGUAUAAAAUACAUAAAUAUUGUUAUAUUUAUUUUUAUUUUAUGUAUUUG